GCGAUCAGCGCACACAGUGGUAGGUCUUUCCUGGACCUCGAAGAACCAUUGCGGCACCGAAUACUGCUCAUUCGCGAUGCACGAGUUCGCAUGUACACGAGUCGAACAAUUUCCGUGCAGGCAGACGUCAGUUUGCUGUGAGUACCGGCACCCUUCGUAGCCGUCGUGCUUCGCUAGUGUCGCAACCCGGAUCACCUAGCAGAACAGAUGCAAGUUGCGCUCGUGCGCACGGCAUCCACAAAUGCCACACCGCGGGCACGGUGUGCACACUUCGACUCGGCAUGCGAGUUUUAUUUCGACGAUGCGGAUGCCUUCUGCACCACGCUAGGGCAUCUCUACGUGCGUUCGCGAACGUACACGCACAAUUUCAGAUUCUUCCGGAAGCCUCGCCCUGGGAACUCUUCCGAAUCUUUUCACCGAUGCGCCCACUGUACGAGCGAUCAGCGCAGCACACCGCAAUAGG